AUGCUGAUCUUUAGAAUCUUUAACUCACAAGACGCUGAGAGGAUCCUGAGAAUUCCUAUAAGCCUAACUGGAAAGGAGGACAGUUACUACUGGACGCACUCGCAGAAUGGACAAUAUACAGUUCAGUCAGGCUAUAAGACAUGGAUGAUGGAAAAGAAUCUGGAAAGUACAAGGAGGAGGGAGGAAACUGGAACAAGCUAUGAAGGGACCAUAUCUAAAAUCUGGAAAACACUAUGGAAGCAAAAGGUAAGCCAGAAGAUGAAAGUUUUCAUUUGGAAGUGCCUGCAUGGUGGUCUCCCUGUGAGAGCAGAACUACACAGAAGAACAAGGCAAGGGAACCCUAUUUGUAUAGGGUGUAGAGACAAGGAGGAAACUCUUGAACACCUACUGAUCCAGUGUACAAAAGCUAAGGAAAUUUGGAAGAUGGCACCGGUGCAGUGGGAUGGAAAUAUGGAGCUGUUAGAUUGCUUCAUAAGAUGGUGGACAGCAAUAAUGGAAGCUCAACAAGACAGAGGAAGGGAGGAUCAGGUGAACCUCACCAUUAAUAUCCUCUGGCAGAUAUGGAAAGCAAGGAACGAUAGAGAAUUCAACUACAAAGAAAGGGAACCACACAAGAUUAUUCAAAGAGCCAUGAAGGAGUGGACAGAGUUUGAUGAGGCAAACAAAGGCAACGUAGUAAGGAAGAACACUCAGGAAACAGAAAUACAGCAACGAACUGAACAAGAGCCUGGGCAAAACGAGAGCCAAACCAGCCUACUGAUCAAGAUCCAUACACAUCAAGACAAAAGACAAGCAAUAGUUGGGAUAGGAAUCACUGCAACUGACUCCUUGGGACAAAUUCAAGCGGGCUGGGCUCUAAGAGAAAGAUUAUCAACUGAGCCAAUACAAGAUCAAGCGGUAGCAGUGAGACUUGCGCUACUAAAUGCGAUCAGCCAAGGAUGGAGCAGUAUCAGAGUGGAGCUCGAUAUCAAGGAGCUGAUGGAGUGUAUAAAAGGUUCGAGGCAAUGCAACCAUAUGAUGGCUACUCUAAUGGAAGAUAUCCAGUUCAUUAGUAAUCAGUUUCAUAAGUGUUCUUUCUCUUUUGCUAAUACAGGGAUAGUAGGCAGUAUUAAAUUGAGCUUGCAUGCUCUAAACAUCUGGAUAGAUGAAGAAUGGGUAAAUCCCACUCUUAGGUGCUAG